AUGAACCAUGGAGAUCCUUGCAUUGAGUUCCAAUGCACGGAUGAUGAAUGGUGUGGAGAAAAGGAAGGUGUUCAUGGAUGCUUCUGUCGUGAGAAUAAUGGCAAAAACAGUGACAACUUUGAUUCAUCCAUCACUUGUGUCAGUAGCUCAGGAACGCUCUCUCUCUCCCGCUGCCUUCUGUUUGAGGCCGGUUAUGAUCCCAGCGCUCUCCACCUCAGAGAUGAGUCCUGCAAAGGUUCUCUUCAAAGUGGACGCCUCGAGUUCCACUUCAAUAAUGACACCCAGUUGUGUGGCACCACCCUGAGGAGCAAUAGAACCCAUUUGAUGUAUGAGAAUGCUGUAGAAGGAGAUGACGCCGUAAACAAGUUGUAUUUCUCCUGUGUUUUCCCUUUCACUUAUGCCGUGUCAAUAGAUACAGCCAUCUAUCCUGUUGAAAGCGCAGUAAAGAAAACCCUCCCGUCCGGUCAGGGCCACUAUCGGGUGAGAAUAAUUCCUUACCAGGAUGCAGACUUUCAGAAUCCACUGGGAACGACCGCAGACGUUGAAAUGUCUCUGGAUGAGCAACUAUUCAUUGAAGUGCGAGCGGAGGGCAUCGAUGAGCACCAGCUCUCCAUCGUCAUGGACAGGUGUUGGGCCACGCCGAGCCAAGAUGCUCAUGAUGUCCUGUAUCAUGAUCUCAUUUCACAAGGGUGUCCCGCCGACCGCUCAGUGACCAUCAUUCAGAAUGGAGACUCCACCGUGGCACGAUUCUCCUUUGAUAUAAUUUCUCUCAGUGACUUUUCCCCGAUACAUGUGCACUGCCACACCCACCUCUGCGUUCUGGACGUUAACAACUGUGCCGUGAAUUGUAACGUUGGAAACCGAGAAGGUCAUGAUAUGAACUGA